AUGCCAAAGUAUGUUUUUUGUAUUUCCCUGAAUAUUUUGCACCAUGAAAACUCAGAAAGUAGCUAAGUUCGAGUCACAAAAGGAUCCGAAAUUCGAAUAGGAGUUCAUUCACCGUUACUUGAGCUAGUAUAAAUUUUUUUUUCAACAAUACAUUUUGCGAUACAGAAAAACAUUCAGAAACUUCAAAUUUUCUUGUGCAUUUUCUGUACACAGGGUGAAUGAAGAAUAUAUAAAUGGAUAAGAUUUUCGACUCAUGGAAGUACCUUUUCGAAUAAACGGAGGGAGCCUGAAAUUUGAUCAGGAGUUGUCAUCAACUUCACCCUUUUCAUCUUCUUAACUUCUAAAGGCGUCUCCUUGUGAUAAGAGAUGCAGAAGCGGAGGCAAAAGCUACCUUAUCGGUGUCUACCGCUCCUUUUGGCUCAAUGCAGAAGAUACCGAUGUGACGAAAAUAUCGAUCGACGCCGUGUGUUGUUCACUCUUUGUUGGUGCCCCGAUUUCUGAGCGCCACUCUUUCUGUUGAUUUUUUUCGAACUCUUUCUCUCUUGCACUGGUAUAACCUAUUCACAACAGCUUUUCGCUAUUGUCCAAUAGACAGAGGCGAAUUCAUAAAGGUCUCUCUCGCCGAGGAGUAAUUGAAGCCUCCCAUUCUGACUUUAAAAACCUCGGCGAAUGUCUUUACUUGACUGUAAAGAUAAUUGACCGCCAAUUUGAGACAGUAUUACAUGCAUUAUUAUAGCUGAUUCACGAGUGGCUUGAGCCAUCGAAAAAGGGUCCUGACACGAAGAUGCACGAGAUAGCGCCUGGCUCGUGGAGAGCGCAGACAGGACACGCCCCCUUAGCAUCCCAAGCUGGCCGUGAAUCAGCUAUAGGAAAAGUGUGAGAAAAAGAGUGUUAAGUGUCGUUCUAGUAUUAGUUUUUUUUCAUUUUUUUUAACCUCACAGAAACUGAAACAUAUCUGUUUAUGUUUCGAGUUCUACAUGUUGGCGAAAAAAAUUGUCUUUUAGGGCGUUUCGUAUCAGUCAAACCUUUUCUCUCUCAAAAUACUCUGCGAAAACAUCUGCCAUUUGAUUUUCAACCAACUCGGGUUGCUAUGGUUUUCUUCUCUCCCUUUUCUCUUUCCUACUCGUUUAUAUUCUCGAAAAGAGGGUUAUAUAAACAUUUGAAAAUUGUAACAGUGACAAAACCCUAUUUCAUCAUUUUGCUCAUAGUUUCUUUCCUUUUAAAAGUCAGUGUAAAGAUCUGCCCUCUAUAAAUUCCGCCUGAGAGUUACAACGUACAUACACCGGCUGUGCGAGAUUGUUUUCGCAAAAGUAGCCGAGGACAUGAUGACUUUGUUGAUUUGAAGUUUGGUCCACGAACUUGAAAUUAUCACUUUCUGUCCUUUUUUAAGCUUCGAUUCCCACUUGAAAAUUCUUGUAACAUCAAUAACGUCUCAUUUAAACUACUUGCUCAUGAUUGUGUACUUUUCCUUUUAAAAAAAUCACUGCGCAUGACCUUUCCUCUAUAAACCAGACAAUAUACUUUACAUAAAAGUAGUCUUUGACAUGAUUUGUUGAUUCCUGUUGUUUUUUUAACCUUCCUAUCCCUUCUUAGCUCCGCUUUUUCUUUCAUUUAAGGCCGUUCUCCACCCACUGUCCUUCUUUGGACAAACAAUAUGGGGCAUGCCGUUUCUUUCCUUCUAUUGACUUUUUCCAUGUGAUUUGCAGACCUUUUCCUUCUCACACUCGUAUUUUUUACUUCUCUUCUGUUAUUUUAGUGGUUGCUAACGAAAUGAUUUUUCAGAAAAAUGACUUUUUUGUCGGGAACGCAGCUCGAGAGGUUCGACAAGACCAAGGUCGAAGCCGAUGAGGCUCUCGCGGUGCGAGUUUUUUUUGUUGCUUUUUUUAAACACAGUUAUUGAGAGAGCAUUAUCUGUUUAUGAACCGACUUUAUUUAAAACUUUGAAAAAAAAAACGACUUUUCUCGAACCAUAAGAUUUUUUUUUCAUCAAAAAGUUCAGGAAAAACCAAGAACUGCUCUAACUUAAAUCUUUUAUUUAAGGGAAAAGUGAUCGCCUUGUACUUUUCGGCUCAUUGGUGCCCUCCUUGCCGUCAGUUCACGCCAAUUUUGAAGGUUUUUCUUUCUCUUUUUACCCUGUUUACAAAUUUUUCAGGACUUUUAUGGUGAUGUCGAGGACGACGUCGAAGUCGUCUUCGUAUCUCUGGAUCGGUUAGUUUGAAACAAAAAAAAAUUGAUAAACUAAUUUGAAAGAGAAAAUAUAUUAUUUUUCUAUUUUUCCUUUCCAACGGACGAGCAAGAGAGGGGAAUAUGAUUCAUAAUAAAUAUAUCAAAGGAAUAGAAAAAGGAGAACUGUUUUUUUAAGAAAAUUAUUUGAAGAAAGAAAAAAUAAGAUAAAUUUUCGACCUACACUUAUGACAUGACUGGUCAAAAAAAGCACUCAACGAAAUAAUGAAAAUUGAUAACAAUUUAAUAUCGUCUAAUUGUCAAUGUUUCGAAACUGAACAAUCAAACGAAAUAAGAACGAUUGAAAUUGAAAAAAAAAAGAUUUAGAUCGGAAGAUGACUUGAAGAGCUACAUGAAGGAAUGCCACGGCGACUGGUACCACAUUCCCUUCGGCUCGCCCAAAAUCAAGGACAUCUCGGCGAAGUACGGCGUCAGCGGAAUCCCAGCUCUGAUCAUCGUCAAGGCCGACGGCACGGAAAUCACCAAGAAUGGCCGUUCCGACGUCCAGGUCCCUUUUUAUUCUCUUUUUUUUCGGUGGUGAAUCGGCUGAUGAGUUUCGUCGCGUUUUUUGCAUAAAAACGCUUCUUUUUUUUGCAAAGUUAUGCAGUUCACGAACCAAGUAUUGGUUUUAAAAAAGGGUAAAAAAAGAUAAACUUGACUUGUUUCUAAAAUCGCCACGAUCAAAUGUCUCAGUUUGCUCCGCGCGCAAAUCGUUUUCAGUCGGGCAUUUGUUGAAGCACCCGCUUAAUAACCGUUUAACGCUGAGGUAUUUCACGUGUCAUUAUGGUAUUUCAGUCGAAAAAAGUAAAUUUCCGAGAUAUUUUUUAAAAAAUUUGAAAAUUACAAAAACUUGACAGCCGUCAUAGUAAUCCCACCCAAUCCUUGUUAAAAAACGAUUUUCUAGGGUGGAAAGAGCCCGAAAGCGGUCGUGACGGGUUGGAAGUCUGCGUAAAUGGUCAUCUCCUUCUUUUUUUCCGUACAAUCGCCGUCAUCGAACUUUUUUAAUGCAACGUAACUUAUGAAUUUUUUUUCUGGCAUUGGUGGUAAUGAAUGUGUAAUGAUGGUUUUCUUGUUUGUGCUGAGCAAAAAAAUGUUUCUGCCAGAUCUGGAAAAUAUUUUAUAUUGUCUCCAUGACGACUGAUUUCAACACGCGUAAACAGAAGGCGACUACGUAGACGCGCAAUUUUCCGCCUAUUUUCCCCGUUUUGGAGUUGCCCAGGGAUGAAACAUCGGUGGUGGACUUUUUUUUGUCAUUCUGACUUAGGUCUUUUUCAUUGUCCACGUGCCACGGAGAUGUCAUUUUGCUUUUCAAUCUCCUCUUUUCAAAAGCUAUCAUCGACGUGUUAAACACUAUGAUUAUUAUAACAUAGUUUCAAAACAUGAAAUCCUAAAUAAGGCUGUCGAAAGCCUUCUUGGGGUUGAAGGAGUUGGUUUUUCAGUGACUUGAUCUUCGAAUCUGAGAGGCCAGGGAACCAAUAGGCGGAAAGAAAAGAUACGUACUUCUCUCUCGUAAUUUUGGUCCGAAGCUAUCGGUGAAGGAAGUAUGAUGAAAUACUGGAAAUAUUUGAAACUGAUUAUUCAUAGGGGGAAAUUCUUGAAAUUUUUUGAUAGCACUAUUUCUAAACUUUGAGUCACUUAACAAUGUGCCUUAAAAAAAGAAAAAUUUUCAAUGAUAUUCUUUUUUAGUUUCCUAAGGUUUCCUGACGAUCGGAGUAUAGUUCAGUUCAGUUCCGACUUUGCAUAUUGAUUCGCCUCGGGCGCAGAGAUGCAGAAAGAAAGAAAGAACUGUCCUGGCCUCUUUCCGAUCUUCUUGACCCGCCGUUUCUUCCCCUUGCCUUCUUUUUUCUGAAGCUCUGGACCAUCUUUGAAUCUUUUUGCUAGUGGGAAUCCAUAUACCAUCAUUCUCGUAAUCUUUACGAUGACUCUGUUUACUUCUUCAAGCCGCCAAAUUCAGUUUGUUCAAAAAAUUCUGUUGAUAUUGAACGUGUUUGAGCGGUUAUUUAUUGGCCGACGGAUGAUCAGAUUGUUUGUGUUGUGCUCGUAAAGCGACGCCUUCAUCCCCACACGUACCGUUCCAAGGCAAACACUCUGCUGCUCUUCUUGACCGUCGUUUUGGCUUUGAAUGAGGUCAAACCGCUAAAAAAUUCCUUACUUUCUUUCAUCUUUGAUGUGCCGGGGAUGCUCACACUAUACUGACAGUACUUUUUCGUCAGUGAUGUCUUGAGAAUCAAGGAGAUUUGAGUUUUCUUAUAAACCGGUUGGAUAAUCAUAUUACCGAGCACAAGUAUCAAUUAUUUUUCCGAGGUUUUCAGACUUAGUUUUCCUUAUUUUUUCCAUUUUUUGCUUAUUUCAUCUCCAGAAAAUCAGUGUCCUCUUGUCCUCUGCCCGUUUUGCGCCAAAAAGGUGCGUGUCAAGGCCGCCUGAUCAUUAGUUAUUUUGUGACGCCUUAUGACGUUUGUCGCAUUCUCCAGCUUUUAUCAAGACAUUAAAAAUAAGGCGUCUGAUAGAAAUCGGAAAACAAUGAAGUUUGUCAUGAGUUUUUUUUUUUUUGAAUUGCCGCGCCAACGUUUCGCAGUUUUCCGAAGAGAUCGUUGGAAUUAACACUCUCACGCAGUGAGCCUGGUAUUUACUAUGAAGAUCUUUUAUUUGAUGCCCUCUUCCUUCAUCUUUUCUUUCUUUUCUUCUUCAAACAGUCGUUUCUUCAUUCAGUUGAGACGCAAUUAGACUCGCACGAAUGGAAAUAACUGUGUUUUUAUUCCUUUUUACUUGUUCUUUCCUUUCUCAACUUUAACUGUUUCCUACGUCCUCCAAACGUAUUUUGUUUUGAAAGAGCGUCUGAAAUAAGUUCUAUUCAAAAGAGCCAACUGGUUUGACAUUUUUGUCAAAUUUGUCAAACAGUUCUUCCUAUUUCUUUUUGAGUAUUCUUCCAACUGCUGAAGUCGAUUGUCGAUUUUAAUAAUUCCUCUAAAAGUUUCACCGUUGAUAGCUUCUCAUUUCGAAAAAUUGUUUCGAAAUAAUCGCUUACUCAUCACAGAAUAAUUUCUAUGAAAAUUUUAUAAAACAAUUUUCAAAAAUGACUUCCUGUUAGUUCAACUUAUUCUGUUCGCGGCUGUUCUGCAUUAAAAUUCAAUAUUCAUUUUACUCCCACCUUCCAGUCACUCCCUAUGUUACCAGAAUUGGAGAACAGCGAAGAAAAUGAUGAAACUUCUUCAAGAACUUUCUCCACAAAAAGUUGUCCUACGAGGUAAACGAAAUCUUUAUCAAUCAAAUGAUAUAGAAUUCGAAAGAUACUAUUUUUUUCAGCUUACAAUCUUCAAUAUCGAGGCGUGCGAGCAACACUCGUCGAUCUCUGAAAGAAUUGGGCGACGACGUCUCCAGAAGCAUCGUCGGCAAAAAGAACGCCAUGCAGAGGAUAGAGGAAGACCCGGCGGUAAUGUCGAAUAUUUUUCGAAUAUUUGGCAGACCAUUCCUCGACUGUAUUAACAGCGAGGGUCAUUUCUCUUUGCGGUUGGAAUGUUCCUAAAAAAAACACGCCUAACAAAGAAGGCCAUUUUGCUUCACGAUUCCGAAUUUUCCUGAAAUAUUGUCCGAAAUUCUUUGAUGAAAACGCUUUCGCAGCUUGACUUCUCACGAAAACUUUCAAUUUUUCAGAUAUGAAUUCCGAUUUCUAGCGUAGUGGUUGCAGAACACCUUAUUUGACACCAAAUAUUUUUGGGAAGAAUUUUGUCCAGACGAAAUCGUCAAGUAGAAUUAUAUCCUUUGUCAGAUCUCUUGCUAUUACAUUGUGCGAGAAAAAAGAAAUUUGAGAAUUUAGUUCUUGAAAAGUAGAAAGUAGUGAAGUUUAGGUGUUUCUGAAUCUUCCACUCGAACAAAUUUACAAAAUUUUCUGCAGCUGUUUCAAUAACUGGUCUCAAGUUUUCAGCCUUCGCGACCAUCCAGACUCGCCCACGUGUCCUAUGCCUCUUCAUCGGUCUCUACUGAGGACGACGUCGAGCACGCGACUCCAUUGGCCCCAAGGUGAACCAGACAAAAUCUUCCUCGAGUACAUCAAAAGAGUUCCAGAGAUGUCCCGACGACGUCGCCAUUGUCAGUCACAACGACGAGGUCUUGGAGUCAAUCCGUUGAAAAGAUCGAAAAUGCGCUCCAUCGCAAUUAUUAUGUCAUUGCUUAUUCUAUAGUGAUAGUCGCGGUGAGGCGAUGAAUUGAAGUUGGACCCAGAAGGAUUCAUUUUCCAGUACCUGGUCGGAUUCGCCGAAUACCUGUAUUUUCGUCUAGUAUCUCUAAUUGUCCCCAAACACACGAUCCAUUAUUCGCCGUGUCAGAAAGAUGAAAGAAUCGGUUGGAAAUCCGGAACAGCGCUUUUUAUUUAAGUUCCUUUCAGGUAAAGACGGCUUUCACUACGGUGUUUCGAUCGCCGCCUUCAUCGCAAUCGCCAUUUUUCAAAUAUUAGUCAGUAUCCUCAAAUUGCUUCACUCAAAUCGAAGAUUUCAGUGUUUCUUUGGUUUGACUAUAUCUGAGAAGUGGACCGUGUGCAAACAAAAUCCACGGGAAAGUCAGGUAAGAGUUUCAUUCAAGAAACUCAUUUUCGGAAAUAUACAGGAAGCUGCGCAGCGCUGUGAGUUUGCCGCCUUUCUUCGGGAGCUGAUAGGGAAAACAAUGUAUCGAGUCUUUUGUGAGUUCGAGCUUCGAGAGCGUGAAAAUGAGGGAAUCGAACAUUUCAGUGUGUUACGGAAUGUGCUCCUUGGUCAACUGCGCAAUCAUUUUCUACAUGGUUGCAAUACAGGUGACACAUUUGCUCUUUCUGGAAGAAUAGCUUUUCAUGAUCAUUUCCUGAACAAGAUCAGUCUGCUGUUAGGGGAAUUUAGAGCGGUGCUCUGGGCCGGUCUGGCCAUAGUCUUGCAACGUCGAAAAUUUACCACUUUUCGAACCUUUAAGCCUCGAAAUAUUCACAAUAAUUAAUUGUCCACUUCAAUUGAGGGUCUUUCAUUAGACAUAAUGAAAAUAGCCUUAUCGUGAUAGUAUUUGAAAACUUUAAAAAUCAUGAAAAAUAUAAACCUUUUGAGAAUAAAGCAUACAGUACUUCAAACAGACAUGAUCAGAUUUCAGUUUAAGAUUUGGUGUGACAAAACCAUGACCAGAUCUUUGUUUUAAUUUAAUGAAAAAGCCCGGCCAUAUAUUAAUUCCUCACUCAAUUCACCUUUUUUAGGCGUACCCCUACCUGAUUUUGUGAUCUAAUAGUGGAAUAGUGUUAGAACAACAAAAAGUUACAGGAUUCCCUUGGCGACACGAUGAGCACGAUCUUGCUCUACGUAUUCGACGCCGUCGUCAUCGUUUACUUCGCCGCUUUUCCACUGACAACCGUCGUCUACCAUCCUCACAUCCACUGCCUCAGGCGGUUCGCUCUCCCAACAUUGUACCUUUCCAACAAAAAGUACUUCAGACGGAGCUCUCCAGCUCGUUUCAUUCUGCCUCCACUUGAUCCGAAGACGCGUUCUUCGACGAUUGAGACAAAUAUCAGCGCUACGGAUGCGCUGCGGCCGGCCACCGAUGAACCGGCGCAAGUCUUUUCGCGACAGGACCCACGACGACAUCACAUCGACCGCCGCGUCGACAUCAACGUCCCCGUCCUGGAGGAGUAUCUGCAGAGUCCAAGGCGCCAUGUUCCUCCUCCACGGACUUCUACCAUUGUCUAG